CGACAACCUGCUACUACGAUCUCCGUUUUGUACCACUUACGGCUUGCUGGGGCUAUGCAACAGAAUCAUUGCGCAGCAGUCCGUCCUUGCGGGAUACUACUGCGCGUCGUCGUCAUGACAUGCUUCCCAUUCUAACUUCAAGUGUCAAGAGACAUUCAUUAUUACUCCCGAAAUCCUUCAAGUUCGGAGAGACUUCGCAACAAUUCUGAGAUCGCGGACAUGAAGUUGAAUUACAGUACGACCGCGGCCACGGGACCUGGACGCGGAAAAAUCCACCCCACUGUAUAUAGCGAAUUGACUCCGCUCAUGGGCGGCCGUCUUCUCUAUAAGGGGGGAAGCGAAUCUAGCCGCCUUGAAUCAUUCUCAGUGCAGCUAUCCAGCAAUGUCAUAUACUAGCAACUUGCAACGCUUCAGGUCCGCUAUGAUUCAGAUCAACCAUUGGGUCCGGAAAGCGCUGCGGGAACCUGGCAACACCUUGGAUCGCUGUCGGUCGCUUCCCUCAUGCGGAACUUGUGGCCGCAUCAUAUGCCCGUCGAGCAUCAAGAAAAUGCAACCAUGACCUAACGAAGGUCUGUCUCGUGCUCUGGCAGCGGGCCGCCAAGAAACAAUCCGACAAAUAUAAAUGCGCGCAGUGGACAUGGACGAAUUCGUCCCUCUCGACACCCGCCUGAGACACCCGCCUGAGAUGUUCGGAUUCGCAAAACUCGUCUCUUUUGUCCUUCUGGCUACGGCUCCCAUCGCGCUUUCGACCCCCGUGCCGGCUGAGCUCGCUGCUGCGAUCGACACUUCGUCGCACUGUGGUCAAUACGAUGCCGUCAACGUUGGUCCAUACACGCUGUAUCUGGACCAGUGGGGUCUCGGAUCAGGAGUUACCGGUUCCGACUGUGCUAGCCUCACAUCUCUGAGCGGCACGACGAUCGCUUGGAAAGCCGUAUGGACUUUUAACACAGCGAGCGGCGGAAUCAAGAGCUUUACGAACAUCAAUGUCAACACUGGGUUAAACAAGGCACUUUCAGCCAUCAAGACGAUGCCGAGCACAUGGAAAUGGUCUCAGAGCACAAGCUCUGUCGUGGCUGAUGUCGCUUACGACCUUUUCACUGCCAACAACGCAGGGGGCGCAAACGUUAACGAGAUCAUGAUCUGGCUUGCCAACUUCAAUGCUGGGCCUAUCUCGGCAUCGUACAAUGCCCAGGGUCAGCCCGUGGCCGUCGCCACGAACCUGUCCAUCGCCGGACACACCUGCAUGAAGGAACCUGUACUUCGGCUCCAACGGCUCGAACAAUGUCUACUCUUUCCUUCCGACCAGCGGAACGAUCACCAGCUUCAGCGGAGAUUUGAACCUCUUCUUCAAGUACCUCACGGCAAACCGGGGCCUCAGUACAUCGCAAGUUCUGGUGACAGCCCAGGGUGGAACGGAGGCGACUUCCGGGUCUGCUACUUUGACGACUUCUGCAUUCAGCUUGGUGGUGAACUAGUCAGUAGUUGUCGAAGAAUAAACAAGAUGGUCCUCAAGCUCUACGGUUACACGCACUCGAUCUGCACCCGCCGUGCUGCCCUCAUCGCCAAAGAGCUCAGCGUUGCCUACGAGCUCGUCCCUGUCGAUAUCACGAUCGGCGCGCAGAAGGCUCCCGAGCAUCUCGCUCGCCACCCGUUUGGCCUCGUGCCCACCAUUGAUGAUGACGGUUUCACCCUCUUCGAAAGUCGGGCUAUCUCCCGCUACCUCGUCGCCAAGUAUGGGAACGGCAGCACCCUGGUCCCGGACACCAAGGACAUCCAGGCGACGGCCAAGUUCGAGCAGGCGAUGAGCAUCGAGAAUAACCACUUCGACCCUCUCGCCCAGUCCAUCAUGGUCGAGAAGGUGUUCAAAGCGAUGCGUGGCUUGGCGCCGGACGAGGCAAAACUCAGCGCGUCUAUCGACAGCUUGAAUGCCAAGCUGGACGUCUAUGAGAAGAUUCUGUCCUCGCAGAAAUAUCUUGCUGGCAGCACGCUGACCAUCGCCGACCUUAUCCACCUCCCUUGGCUCUAUGGUCUCGGCCAUGCCAAAUUCGAUGCGUUCACUGGUCGCCCCAGUGUGACUCGUUGGUACGAGGAUAUCAGCGCUCGUGAAAGCUGGAAAUCGGUCAAAGAUGGAGCUUAAGCACCUUUAUCUGGAGAUUUUCCGCAUAACUCCACACAAUCAAUACAGAACGAAUUUGAACAGAACAGCCAAAACUGAAUCUUAUCGAUUAGAUCAUGAAGCGUAAUGCAUCAACGAUUAGAUUGAUGACACGGACUGGAUCCAGCUUGAGAUAUGCCACUAGACGAGCAGUCACCAACUCGAUCCUUUCAACAAACUUCAGAUUGCGGUUGUGUCACUUUGUCAAGGUUCUGCAUGUCUGAACGGACGGUCGAUGUUGAAAUUUCUCAUAAUCGACUUGGGCGAGUAUUUGCGAGAGACCACUAAACUGAUUUCUCCUUCUCAACGCAAUUCUUCUGGCCCUCGUACAAAAUACGAAGGCUCAACGACAUCGCCGUCCAGGUACACCUCGCCAACCUUCGCCUUCACGCCUCGCACCGUUCGCUGAAGAGCACCGCUAUGGGUUGAUCAACGACUCUUACAUCGUUAUGCUCAAUCCCGCGCCUGAAUCUUCGUCGUCGUUCUCAUCUCACUCCCCGUCCUCGCCGAUACACGUCUCAGAAAUGAUGCAGAACCACUUCAACUACCUGCAAGCGGCACAUCAAAGCAACAACGUCUACGAGGGAGUGUACUCGAUCGGGCAGGUGUAUGCGGCGUGGAAUGGUUAUGCGGCAACGUUCUCGGCGAGCAUGGUGGAGGAACUGAGGACGCUGCCCGAGGUACGAUACAUUGAGCGGGAUCAGGUCAUGAAGACACAGGGAGCACCCGCUGUGCAGACCAACGCGCCUUGGGGACUGGCGCGGCUAAGCCAGCGCGAGACACUGCCUAGCUCUGGCGACUCUCUUAUUUUCAGCUCCUCGCCCAAUUCCGAUUCAAGCUAUACCUACAAGUACGAUCCUACCGGUGGUCAGGGUGUCGACGUGUAUGUUAUAGACACCGGCAUAGAUACUCAUCACCCCGAGUUCGAAGGACGUGCUGUUUGGGGUAAGACGAUUGCAACGAACGGCGGCGACACGGAUACCAACGGACACGGCACCCAUUGCGCUGGGACGAUCGGGUCUCGGACAUACGGCGUCGCGAAGCAGGCGCGGUUGCUUGCUGUGAAGGUUCUGGGCUCAGAUGGAAGCGGUUCUAUGUCGGAUGUACUCGCGGGAGUAGACUGGGCCGUCCAGGAUGCUCAAGCGAAGAGGCAAGCAGCGAAGCAGAACUCGGGUCUCAAUUCCACCAACGCAUAUCGCGGCGCCGUUGUGAGCAUGAGUCUUGGUGGAGGCAAGUCUGUGGUGUUGGACAUGGCGGUCAACGGGGCUGUCGAGUCGGGAAUACACUUUGCCGUUGCCGCAG